CAACUUGCUCUCUCUGCGCAACAGACGCGAGAGAGUGAGCCUCGGCGAGGAAGUGCACUUAAGAAGACACCGAGACAAAAGAGACCAUUCAAAACAAUCCUGUGGACAUUUUUCAAACAGGAUCUUAUAGGAAAACUGCUCCAAAGGAAACAAAUACAUCGAGAGAUUUAGAGCCAUCGAUUGCCUGCUAUUGGAAUUGUGUUUUAUUAUUUUAACUUUUUUACAACACUUUUCUAAUCUCUGGAUAUUUCGAAAUUUACCCUUCGUUUUGUUGUCUAUUGCUAAGAUGAUGCGUUAACGCGUUUUUGCCGCAGCGGAUAUGUCUGACACGUCCAGAGAGCAAACGCUGGCCAAUGGCCCGGCCUCGCGGGGAAGCGGAGAGAGCGCCGGUGGCGGAGCUGUCUUGCGCUCCGAACACUUUGACUUCCCUCAGCCGAGCGAUGGGGACCCGUUAAGGGGAGGGAUUGCCAUGUCAAAUAGUCACCAGUCGAGGUCACCGAUGUGCCGAACCUUCUCCAGGUCCUCUAGUGGCUAUUUUUCCGUCGACAGCGAUUCUGUGCCAAGUUCCCCGCUAAUGCCCAAUAUUUCCGAAGCGCAAGACGGCCAAAAUGAUGAGGUAUGGUUUGCCGAACCUAGCCACCAGCACUUGCAGAUGGCAGCACCUGUCGGAGCCAUGGUGCCGGAGAUGGCGGUCGCUCGGGAGCUGCGGCGCAUUGGAGACGAGUUCAACCGUCUGUACUGUCAGGGGGUCGGUGCAGGCGGGAACAACGCGGCCCAGCUGCGCGCUCCCAACGAACACGCCAUCAUCAUGUGGAUGAACGACCUUAUCGGACGUGUAGUACAGUUUUUCCUACGGAGGAGAUGAUUGACACAUUGAACGCCCAGCAGACGUGUAGCAGACAUGUAGCAUCAUACAUCACCCCUUUACCUGACUGUAAAUAUGUACAUAAUAAGGGAUAACAGCAGUGCUGCUCUUCCGCAACCUCUCUCCGGGUUUCGGCGUACAGUUUUGGACCUGUCGGGAUGUGUGCAGACCUGGACGGAUACAUAAAUCGGGAACCCUCAGCCAUCCAUAGACUGACUCACAGCAGAGUUUCCUGCGUUCACAUGGAAAGCUGAGCCAUUAGAUGCUGUGUUGGCGUGGAGGUUUUUGUUGAACCCCAUGUGGAGUGUGGAAAACGUGCCUUCAUUGCCUGUUUGCCCUUGACACGUCUCUCUUUUUUGUCUUUACCCUGUCUUUUUCUUUAUUGCUUUUAUAUUUAUUUUCACUGUAUUUAAUUUGUACCUUUUGUGUAUAAUUUCAUGAACGUGGACGUUAGUCGGUUAAGCGAUGAUAUUAGUGGUUCUGCCUGUCCCUCAUCUGUUCAUUGGUUCCAAGUUUGCACUUGCGAUUGGUUUGCAUAGUCUAUACAAAUCAAAUUGAAUAGAACAUGAUAAACUCCAAAACAGAAAAUUAAUUUGAAUAAAAUUGCAAUUGAAGACAUGAAAAAAGCAUCAACAAUAUAUAGAAAUUUGACCUAUAGCAUCUGCAUGAUGAUUUACCUUUUUCUUGGAUUUUACAUUGGAAAUGCAUUCUCACUUUGAAGCCAGAUAAAGUCCUUUUCACAUGACUCAUGUUAUUCCCAAUGCAUCGGGAAACUUUGAAGCGCUGAGCUACUGCGUCGUAACCUUUCGAAACCUGUGUCGAAAAAGUUCCUUGCACAGAUUUCACUCAUGUUCAAGUUGGUCAUGCGAAAUUCGCCACUUCGACCGACUGAAAGCUGCUUGGUUUGAAAGUGACUUCUGUGUGAACAACAAUGGGCAAUAGACCUUUUUUGGCCUGUGAAUUUUAGCUAAUAUUUCACCUAGUUAUAACUGUUGAUAUUGCCUUAACGUAAUUUCAAAUAAUAUUAACUUUUUGCCACUGAACUUUCAAAGCGCCCUAUAUACAACACAACAUGAACCUACAUUUGACAAACCAUUUUUUCCCCGUUUCUUACCCAGAAAGCCAAGAAAAUUGUUUUGCUAUCUGCAAUGCUUUUCCUGCAAAGCGCCGCUUUAUGCUCGUGUUUAAAGAUGAGAGUCAUGUGAAAAGGUCUUCUGAACACCUUCAGGUACUCCUAAAUCUCAUAACUCGAGCAUUGUUUUAUGUUAUUGAAUACCUGUCACUAAAUAAAUCAAUUUGGACAGGCAAAGAUAGUAAGUAAGUGUAUCUAAUAUGGACGUUUUUGUUGUUUUGACAUCAUAAACAUUACACAUUUGGUAUUUCGGUUUUGUUAGAAUCCUUGUUUGGUCUGUUUGUUUCCUUAUUAGAGAGCAAAAGUGACAUUUGGGGCUUGUAAUUGAUGAUUCCAUUAAUGUUCAAACAGCAUGUGUUUAUGCCUAGUUUUGUGAAUAUAGUUUAGGUCAAGGGGUUUUAUUUGGAAUAGCUUUCUUCCAAAGUGACCAUGCACAUGGAAGAAACUGCGUUUAAGUGCCUUGCUCAAGGGCACAAUGGUGAUAGAUCAGAAUUUUAUUCUCAGAAACAUUGUUUAUGGUUACACCAAAUUUGGGAUUGAAAUUUGCAACCGUACAACCACUGUUUAACUCCAGCCUUACCCCGAGUCUAACAAACUGGCCUGACUAAAUGACCUUUAACAGCCUCAGGGACUAAGGGAAAUACACUUGUGUAGAUUUCUUGAACAAACCAGUCUUCCGUCUUUACUUCAGCUUAUAGAUUCUCCUCCCGGCUUUGCCUUUUAUUACCGUUGUCCCAGUAUUCCAGUAAUCAAUGCACAAGGCUCGGGAUGAGUCGACAAGUAUGUUGGUAUAACAAUGAUGUGUUUUUUUAAGUUGCAAAGAUUUAAAUAUGAACUGAUGUAUUGACUACCUACCAUGAAAGGUAUUGCUGAAAGUUUAGGAAGUCGGUUAGACAAUUCCACUUGUGGAAGACGCAUGGCCCUGUGUUAUCAUAUGCAUUUGUUUGUAUAUCGGUUUGUUGCUCUUUGCCAAAAUGACAAUGUUUAGCUUGUCUACCGUUCCAGGUUUACCACUUGAACCAAAGACCUCGUUUUUCAAUGCAUACUACAUUGUGUCAUGUUGCAUGUGUUCAUUCUUUGCCUUUGCUGAAAGAUUUAAACAGAAUUCCCGUUCUUUAGCCUUUUGAUUCCAGAACAAACCGUUUUUGUUUUUUGGGGGGGUUUUUUUCAUGAAUUUCAGGCCAACCUGUGUAUUUCUCACUGGACCUCUGACUGAGUCUUUUCAGUCCUGUUGCACUGAACACCCGCAUUACCCGAUCUGACGCCACCCAA